UGCGACCAGUACAAGAAGGGAAUAAUUUCUGGCUCCACGUGCAAAGACCUGUGUGAGGAGCGCAGCCUCCUCUUCCAGCGCUGCCUCUCCUCCUCUCCCACCCAGCAGGUUUACAGUGGGCUCUGGAGGGAGAGGGAGGUGAUCAUCAAAUGUGGCAUCGAAGAAGCCUUGAAGGCAGACAGCCACCCCGACUCUGUGCCCAGGAGGGACGUGGUCCUCUUUGACAAACCGACACGAGGGACGUCAAUGGAUGAGUUCAAAGAAAUGCUCCUGAACUUCCUAAAGUCCAACCUGGGAGAUCAGCCUUCUCUUGCAGCCUUGGUGAGCCGGAUCAUCGCCAUGGCAGAUGUGAACCGGGAUGGGAAAGUGUCUUUAGCGGAGGCCAAAUCCAUCUGGGCGCUACUUCAGCUCAAUGAGUUUCUUCUCAUGCUCUCCUUGCAUGAGAAAGAGCACACUUCCAAGCUGCUGGGGCACUGCGGGGACCUCUACGUCACUGAGAAGAUCCCCCACACCUCCCUCUACGGAGUGGACGUCCCCCCCUUCCUCCAGUCGCUGCUGCCUUCAGUCAUCCACCAAAUCAUCCACCAGUGGUUUGCACCAGCGUGGCCCCGGCGGGCAAAGAUCGCCAUCGGCCUUCUGGAGUUCGUGGAGGAGAUAUUCCACGGGACCUACGGGAACUUCUACAUCUGCGAGACCAGCUUUAAGAACGUGGGCUACAAUGACAAGUACGACUUCAAAAUGGUCAACCUGAGGAAGGUGGCAACGGAGAUGACAAUCAGAGGUUUCCUCAAGGGACGUCACUGUGAGCAGAACGUGGACUGCACCUACGGGAAGGACUGUAUGGCGACGUGCGACAAACUCAUGAAGCAGUGCAAAAGCGACGUGGUGCAGCCCAACCUGGCAAAGGUCUGCGGGUUGCUGCAGGACUACCUGCUGUACGGAGCACCGCUGGAGCUGAAAGAAGAGCUGCAGAAACAGCUCCGAACUUGCAUGACCCUCAGUGGCCUGGCCAGCCAGAUGGAAGUCCACCACUCCCUUGUGCUGAACAACCUCAAGACCUUGCUCUGGAAGAAGAUUUCAAACACCAAAUAUUCCUAACGGGGGAAGCACGGCCCUGGAGUCUAGAAUCUGCAAUCUUGGAAUAAAGUCCAAGGGUCGAAGGCCUGUUCCUCCAUCCUCUCCCCCCCAGGAAAAAUACACCCUGCGCAGGGAGUUGAGCAUAGCUGCAGCCCCUUCUCCUUCAUGGAAAACCAAGCAUCAUGACUUCCACCGCCCAGCAGCAUCAUCGAUAGUCGGCGAGAGCGUGCUGCGGAGCUGGGACGCCGGGAGCCGGGCUGAACAGGCUUGGGGGAGGAAGAUGACACGGAAGGCGAUAAGGGAGCGGAGCCCAGCUGGAUGCAUCUGACUGUUUCUUGAUUAACAGGAAAGCAGUGCAGAGAGAUGAGAACGAAUCAUUCAUGCUGUACUUGUCACAUCUUCUUUUGAUGAACGUCUCUGAUGUAAAUAAAUAGCUUUU